AUGAAGCUGACAAGAAGGCCAAGGACGAAGCUGACAAGAAGGCCAAGGAUGAAGCUGACAAGAAGGCCAAGGACCGAAGCUGACAAGAAGGCAAAGGAUGAAGCUGACAAGAAGGCCAAAAGGACCGAAGCUGAGAAGAAGGCCAAGACCGAAGCUGAGAAGAAGGCUAAGACCGAAGCUGACAAGAAGGCUAAGACCGAAGCUGACAAGAAGGCCAAGGAUGAAGCUGACAAGAAGGCUAAGACCGAAGCUGACAAGAAGGCCAAGGAUGAAGCUGACAAGAAGGCUAAGACCGAAGCUGAGAAGAAGGCCAAGACCGAAGCUGAGAAGAAGGCCAAGGAUGAAGCUGACAAAAAGGUCAAAGAUGAAGCUGAGAAGAAGGCCAAGACCGAAGCUGAGAAGAAGGUUAAGGAUGACGCUGAGAAGAAGGCCAAGACCGAAGCUGAGAAGAAGGCCAAGGAUGAAGCUGACAAAAAGGUCAAAGAUGAAGCUGAGAAGAAUGCCGAAUCUGAAGCAAAGACGAAGGCUGAGGCUAAGACUGAGAAGAAGGGCAAGACCGAAGCCGAUAAAGGCAAGGAUGAAGCGGACAAGAAGGCUAAGGCUGAGAUUGAAACGAAGGCCACGGAAGAAGCUGAGAACAAAGAUAAGAUCGAGGCUAACAAGCAGGCCCAGGAUGAAGUUGAUAAGAAAACCAAGGGAAAAUCGGAAUACGAAGAGGAAGUAAUGUCUAAAGUAAUUCAAGAGGACAAUGAAGAGACUCCUGCGAAGCCAAAGAAACGUGUUGUUAAAAAGAAGAUGGAAAAGAGCGAGUCAGUGAAAUCGGACGUCGAUGUUUUGGAGCAUACGGAAAAGAAUUUGGAACAGCAAACUAUCAAGAGCCCGAUCGGUGUUUUCAGCGAUGACGAAGUGUCAAUAAAAUCAGAUGGUUCGAGACGUCGAAGAAGAACAGGAUUUGCUUCGGUGUUCGCCAAAGAAACUCGCGCAUUGAUUGGAGACAAUGUUGAAAUUGAAGCUGAGCUGUUCAACGAAGACGAUUGUGUUACAUGGACGAUCAACGAUGUGGAUUUGAAGGAUGUUCCAAGAUGUAACGAAACCGCGAGCUCAUUCUUCCGAACUCUCAUCGUGAAGAAUGUCACGCUAGCCGACAGCGGAAUGAGAAUUAGCGCUGAAUGCGAUGGCCAGAAGCAUACAACAGUCCUUCAAGUCGAGAAUCUUCCAACAGACUUUGUACAAUGGGCACCGAGAAAGACAACUGGAAAGGAAGGCCAAGAAGUGUCAAUUUCUCUCACCCUCAACCAUCCAGUUGACGUCAGCCAAGUUGUCUGGUUGAAGGAUGGAAAACCUUUGGAAAUCGGUCAAGACUAUUCGAUUGAUACAGUCGGAAGUUCGGUGUCGUUGACAAUUCGUCGAGCCACCUAUGAGCACCGCGGUAAAUACACAUUCCAAUGCGACGGCCUCGAAUGCAGCACGAAUCUGAUGAUUCAAGGAAAACCGGUAUUGAAGGCCAAAGCUGAAGCCGCUGUGAUUCAGGUUGACAAGGAUGACCAAUUUUCGAUUCAUGUUCCGUAUGAAAGCGAUCCUGAAUCAUCUUUCGACAUUUCCGUUGAUGGUAAGAAGCUUGAGUUCGACGGUAAAAGUCGAAUCGACAUCGUCGAUGACGGCAUAAAGUAUGUCAAACGAUCGGCGUCGAAGGCGGACGCUGGUGAAUACGAAAUCAAAUUGAAGAAUGAGUUCGGCGAAGUUGCUCAUAAAGUGGAAGUGCAGGUUAAUGAUAGUCCAUCGGCACCAGCGGACAUUUCUGUCACGAAAGUUGAAGGUAGUUCACUUCAUAUUGAAUGGGAUGCACCGACGAGCAACAACGGAGCUGAAGUCACCUCGUACAUCAUUGAGAAGAAGGAAGAGGGUCGAAGGAAGUUCCAUAAAGUGGCAACCGUGCCGGGACGUCGAACGUCGUAUGAAGUCGACGAUCUCGAAAUCGAAACACCAUACAUUAUUCGCGUUGCCGCUGUGAACAAAUUCGGAACUGGAGAGUUCAUCGAGACGAAACCGGUGACUACCGGCAGCCCAUUCCAAACGCCUGUUGUCGACGAGCCGCCGAUCAUUCAGAACGUCUCGUCCAACUCGUGUACUCUGAUUUGGAAGAAGCCAUUGAACGAUGGCGGCGCUCCAAUCUACGGAUACGAUGUCUACAAACAGGAAAACGAUGGCAGUUGGCAGAAGUUGAAUGGAGACGAGCUUGUGUUCACAGAAUCAUUCAAUGUGAAGGCACUUGUCUCCGGCAAGGUCUACCGCUUCAAGGUUGAAGCAUGCAAUGAUGCUGGACUCCGAUCAUCGUCCAAUGUCGUGUCAGAGCCUCUUGAAGUUGAAGGCCUCGUUCCAGAAGUUGUCUUGGACACCCCAUCCGUCAAAGUUAUCGACAAUGACAAGGUCGAACUCGAAUGGAAUGCAGCCGACGAGAGCAGCUUCGUUGUUCAAUACAAGUCUGAUGGCUCAUCCAUUUGGGCAAGUAUUGAUACCAAUGAGACUCAUUGUGUGAUCGAUGGCCUUCGCGAAGGAAUCCCAUAUGUCUUCCGUGUCGCUGCCAGAAACCAAUUCGGCACUGGAGAGUUCAGCGAGCCAACAUCGCCGGUCACUGUUCUGAAAGACGAUGCGCCACGAAUUCUCAAGGCUAUCAAGUCAUCCGUCGUUCCAAAGAGAUGCGAAAUGAGAUUGGAGUGCCAUGCGGCUGCCUAUCCAGCUCCAGAAUACAUUUGGUACAAGGAUGGCGUCGAAAUCAUUCCAGCGGAUGAGAACACUGAAAUAAUCAAUGAAGGAUCGAUGAGCGCGCUUAUCAUUCACGAAGUCUCUGAUGCCGAUGCUGGAGUUUACAAGGUGCUCGUCGAGAACUCGCACGGAACCGCUGAAUCGGAAGCUGAAAUCACGAUCAGCGAUGUUCGCGCUCAUUUCAGAUCGUCGUUCUCGGAACUUACCGAAGUCGAAGAAGGGCACGACAUUGAGCUCACGUGUGAAGUGUCCGAUGAAGAAGCGGUCGUCAAUUGGUAUAAGGACGGAAAGAAACUGGUGGCAAACGAUCGAGUCCAGUUCUACGCCAUGGCUAAGAAGAGAACGCUUCGCAUUAAGAACUCGACGAGCGGCGACAGUGGAAUAUACAAAUGCGAGACGACCGACGGAAGAAGUCGCACCGAGGGUGAGGUCAUUGUCAGUGAAGUGGAACCUCACAUUGUCAUGGGACCACAAGAUCAAGUCAUCGAAGAGUUUGGAAAGGCGGUUUUGCUUCACUGCAAACUCACCAAGCCGGUCAGAAGGGUGAAGUGGUUCAAGAAUGGUGUCGAAAUCUGGCCCCAAAUGAACAAGGCCAUAAUGUCGGUCGAAGGCGACGAGGCCACAUUGGAGAUCAAAAAUUUCGAUCAACACGACAUCGGUGAGUACACGGCGGUUGUGGGCGACAAGGAGACAUCGACACCCGGAAAACUUUCAUUGAAUGUUGCUCCAUCGUUGACAGUUCCCGAUGAACUUGCGGAAGGUGUUGUUGUGCACGCUGGAAGCGAGUUCGACUUCCAAGUUGAAUACAGCGGAUAUCCGGUGCCGCAAAUUCAUAUGACCAACAAUGGAACACCGCUCAAAGCGAUCGCUACAAUUGUUGAAUACGACGACUAUGUCAGUGUGCGAAUGAAGGAUGUCGGCAUGGACAACUCGGGAAUCAUUCGCGUCAUUGCUGAAAGUCCCAUUGGACAGUGCGUCCGCGAGAUUCAUCUGACCGUCAUCGAUGUUCCGGAACCGCCGACGAACCUGCAAUACAGCGACGUUACCGAAGACAGUGUGUUCCUCACAUGGGAAGAACCAACCGAGACUCAUGGAUCGCCCGUCAGCGAAUACAUCAUCGAGCGAAAGGGUGUUGACAAUAACAGAUGGAGGCCAGUUGGUCAUGUCAAACCGAACACCUUGUCGUUCGUCGCCGAAGACCUCUUCUGCAAUCAAGUUUAUGGUUUCCGAAUUGUUGCUGUCAACGAGGUUGGCGAGUCUGAGCCGAGUCGAACCGUUGACGUCAUGACAUUGCCGGGGCCUGACACUGAUAUGGAUUCCAAUGAGCUGUUUGUGCCAAAGAUCGCCGUUCUUGAAACCCCCCAGGUUCAAGUGUCCGUUGAAGGAACGAAAGUGACUCUACGAUGGGAUGAGAUUCCGGAAACCAGUUUGUAUUUGGUUGAACGAAAAACGAUCGGCGAAAACUAUUGGCUUGAGAUUGCGAACACCGACCGAAACAAGUUCAAGGAUCGCUCGUUGACAAAAUCUGGAGAGUACACCUAUCAAGUCACGGCUACCGGAUUGCAUGCUAUUUCAAGACCCAGCGAGCCAACCGAUCCGGUGAAGAUUUCUUUUGAUUCGCCGGCGAAAGAAGAGCUGGAUGCGGAGAAGCAAGAAACUGAGCAAGAACUGGAGCAAAAAUUGGAGGCAUCGACUGUUGAGGGGAACAAGGAUGACGAAAGCCAGGUGUUGAAGAAGAAGAAGAAGAAGGCUGUCGAGCUCACCGAAGCCGAAGAAGAGCUGAAAGCAGUCAAGGACAAAUUGAAAAAAGGCAAGGCCGUGGAGAAACUUCAAGACGAAUCACGACGUGGAUCAUUGCAAACAUCUGAUGCCGAAUCGAUUGAAGGUGUGGAAAAGAAGAAGUCCGAAGUGGAAGGUGAACCUCAAACAGUGAAGAAGGAGCUCAGCAAGAAGAAGAAAGUUGUUGCUAAGAAGAAGGAGCUCGUGAAGGCUGACAAAACCGACGUCGAAUUGAUAGCUGGAUCGCCAGGCGAAUUGAAGACAAAACUCGACUCCUCCGUAGUUGAUGUUGAAUGGAAGAAGGACGGCCAACAAUUGGAUUCAAGCAUCACGGUGUCUCGCAGUGGCGACGAAUCCGUUGUGCGCAUCCCAAUUGUUGACGUUUCCGCGUCUGGUGUUUUCACGUGCAAAGCGAAAACUGAGAGCGGUGAUGAGAAGGAAGUCUCGAUUAAUGUCACCAUCAAAUUGCCAGAGUCUGAUACCAUUGUGAAGACCGAGCAGCCGGUUGUUGAAGUGAAAACCGGAGAUACGGCCAAACUGACAGCCACCAUUUUUGGCACACCGAAAAGUGUGGAAUGGACAAAAGAUGACAAAGAUGUCAAGACCGAUAAGAAUGUGAGCACGUCCAUUUCGAAUGGUGUCGCUCAAAUGACGAUUGCGAAAACGGAUGCGAGUCACGCGGGAACCUACAAUCUCAAAGUGUCGAAUGAGACGGGAAAAGGAAAAGUCGAGAUCGCGUUGAAGAUCAAAGGCGCGACAAAAGGUGCGCCUGGCGUGCCCGCCGGUGCUAUCACAUUUGGCGACAUCACGGAGAGUUCGGCUGAGUUGCAAUGGCAGGCUCCAAAGGACGAUGGAGGAUGCGCGAUUAAUGGAUACAAUGUUGAGCGCAAAGAAUCAAAGAACAAAGGCUGGAAGCAAUGCGGCAAAACGAAGGAGUUGCGCUUCAAAAUCGACGAUCUGCAACCAAGCACCUCGUACGAUGUGAGGGUAUCAGCGUUCAAUGAAAUGGGAGCUGGACGAUCUGUCGAAGGCAAAUUUGUCACCAAAGACGCAAAGUCGAAGGAUGAGGAAGAGGUGAAGGAGGUGAAAUCUGACGAUGCACAAAAAACCGUCGAGAAGGCGUUGAAGGCUCCAGGGAAACCCGAAGCAGUUUCCAGUGAUUCCACCUCGAUCACCAUUAGAUGGGAGUCGGAGAAUGACAAAGAUGUGACUUACACUAUUCAAAUGAAGGAGGCCAACUCCAAAAGGCCAUGGAGUAAUGCGGUGAAAAACGUUGCCGAGUGCACGACAACGAUUGCUCAACUCAAAGAAGGCACGUCGUACAUUUUCCGCAUCGUUGCCACCGGCAAAGAUGGACAAACUGCCAUUUCGGAGCAGAGUGAAUCAUUGGAAUGCAAAGAUUCGCAAGCUAACGAGAAGCCUUCGAUUAUCGUCGCUCCAGAAGACACGAUCGCAAUUAAGAACAACAAAUGGAAAGUGAGCGUUGAGUUCAAAGCUCAUCCGGCGCCAGAAGUGCACUGGUUCAAGAAUCGCAAGGAGAUCUUCUCGGGAAAACGGCAAUGGAUUGAAACCGCCGGAAACACGACGUCGUUGACGAUCGGCGAAAUUCGAGAAGACGAUGAAGGUGACUACAAAAUUGCGCUCAAAAACUCGGCGGGAAGUGUCGAGCACUCGUUCAAGCUCACCGUCGACCAGCUGCCGGAAAUCAAUCGCGUCGAACGCUAUGCAUCAACAUUGGUGUUCGACAAAGGCGAAUCGGUGAAGCUUCGCCUCUCCUUCUCAGGUACGCGAUUCUUCUAUCAAAAAUAUCAUUUAUAA